CAAUUCGCAGAUUAGUCCCUCAAAUCAACCUGAGGCAUUCAAUAGUGCGAUCAUCGAGCACAGACACCCCGCAAUUCGACAUGGAAAAUCCAUACGAAAAGGAGAAAAUACAGUGCGUUUUAUGCAAACACAACAUAACAGUCGAUUACAAAAACGUCAGGUUAUUAUCACAGUUUCAAUCGCCUUGUACUGGAAGAAUUUAUGGCAGGCACAUCACGGGGUUGUGCAAACAGCAACAAGAACUGGUCCAAUCUGAGAUUUCUAAGGCCCAGUCAGCCGGUCUUAUGGCCUACUAUCUUAAGGAACCUGUCUUUUUGCAAGAUCCUGAAUUGUUUAAUGUAGAAAAACCUAUUAGGCCUCAUAGGUUUUAGUUUAUGUGUAAUAACACAUUUGGACA